AUUGCUUCCUCCCCACGCGCGGCGUGUUCUCCUCAUUGUUCCCGGCUCUCCCUGUCCGCAGAGGGCGUAGAGUCCUUAAGUUACUAAGCCUCCCUGCAUGCCCCUCUUGCGUCUGACCUUUCUUCCCAGAGCAUGCCGAGCCACACCCACCCAAAGCCCCCACCCCCAGACUCCACGGUUUGUCACCCACUGGGAGGAAGGGGAAAACCGAGGCUGGAGAGACUGCAGCUUUCUCUGGGGAUUCGGGAGCCCCGCCCACAGUGGGUGGGGUCAGCACAGAAGCGGGCAAGCCCAUGGGGAAGUCUGGGGGCUCCAGACCCAGGGGCGGAUCUUGGGGCUUCUUACCUCCUGGCCCGCGGGUGCAGCUGUUGCGGAGGUGGCUGAUGCAGGUUACCAUCCCUGGGGCAUGACCAUGCAGCUAGGCCUGGCCCUGGUGCUAGGGGUGGCCAUGUGCUUGGGGUGUGGCCAGCCCCUGCUGCGGGCCCCUGAACGGCCCUUCUGUGUGCUGUGGAACGUGCCCUCGGCACGCUGUAAGGCCCUCUUUGGCGUUCACCUGCCACUAGAGGCCCUGGGCAUCACAGCCAACCAUGGUCAACGAUUCCACGGCCAGAAUAUCACCAUCUUCUACAAGAACCAGCUCGGCCUCUAUCCCUACUUUGGGCCUAGGGGCACAGCUCACAAUGGCGGCAUCCCCCAGGCUGUGCCCCUUGACCACCACCUGGCACGGGCUGCCUAUCAGAUCCACCGCAGCCUGCGACCUGGCUUCACUGGCCUGGCAGUGCUGGACUGGGAGGAAUGGUGUCCACUCUGGGCUGGGAACUGGGGCCGCCGCCAAGCCUAUCAGGCAGCAUCCUGUGCUUGGGCACAGCGGGUAUAUCCCAACCUGGAUCCCCAGGAGCAGCUCUGCAAGGCUCGUGCUGGCUUUGAAGAGGCAGCCCGUGCACUGAUGGAGGACACACUGCGGCUAGGCCGCAUGCUGCGGCCCCAUGGGCUCUGGGGCUUCUAUCACUACCCAGCUUGUGGCAAUGGCUGGCAUGGUACGGCUUCUAAUUACACAGGCCACUGCCAUGCAGCUGCCCUGGCCCGCAACACCCAGCUGUAUUGGCUCUGGGCUGCCUCCAGUGCCCUCUUCCCCAGCAUCUACCUCCCACCUGGGCUACCACCUGCUUAUCACCAGGCAUUUGUGCGAUACCGCCUGGAGGAGGCCUUCCGUGUGGCCCUUGUUGGACACCCACAUCCCCUGCCUGUCCUGGCCUAUGCCCGCCUUACACACCGGAACUCUGGAAGGUUCCUGUCCCAGGAUGAACUUGUGCAGACCAUUGGUGUGAGUGCUGCACUGGGGGCAGCCGGCGUGGUGCUCUGGGGAGAUCUGAGCUUCUCCAGUUCUGAGGAGGAGUGUUGGCAUCUCCGUGACUACCUAGUGGGCACCCUGGGCCCCUACGUGAUCAACGUUACCAGGGCAGCCAUGGCCUGCAGUCACCAGCGGUGCCAUGGUCAUGGCCGUUGUGCCUGGCAAGACCCAGGGCAGCUGAAAGUCUUUCUGCACCUGCACCCAGGUGGCAGCCCUGGAGCUUGGGAGUCCUUCAGCUGCCGCUGUUACUGGGGCUGGGCUGGCCCUACCUGUCAGGAGCCCAGGCCUGAGCUUGGGCCUGAAGAAGCAACGUAAAGCCAGGAGUCACCUGUCCCGGACCUUCUUGUUCCUGCUGCCAGUUUUCCAGUCCUGGAGGGAGGACUCUGUCUCACUCUUCUUCUAUUUACGUUACAGUCAACUCUCCCCUCACACACCCCACUUCCCAUGGGAUCCCUGGGGAGUGGGAGAGGCCAGAGGAAACACACUAUUUUAAAACUAGAGGCCCUGUGAGCUCACCUGAUCCCUGAUGACAGGGAAGCAGCCCCAAGAAAAGUCAAUGUUCCAGAAGGUUAGGGUUGCCAGCCUAGGGCUCUGUUCUACACCUCACUGAGUCCAUGGAGAGGUCAGGGACGACUCGUUCAGGGAAAGGUUGGCCCCAUGAGCUUGGCUAAGAUGUGUCAGUGCUAAGCUAUUGUCUGUAUCCUGCUUUCAUCAUAAAGUUACUUUUUCUUCA